UCUAUGACCACAGCAAGACAGAAGACAAUUGAUGAAGAACUGGCCAAAAUGAUUGCAUGUGAUUUCCAACCAUUUUCAGUUGUGGAUGACAAAGGAUUCAGAAGGUUUAUUCAUGCACUCAAUCCAAUGUAUGCAAUUCCAAGUAGGAAAACAGUCUCCCAAGGAAUCAUCCCAGGCCUGUAUGACAGAGAACGUGCUACACUGCAAGAGAGGGUUAAAAAAGCCACAGCAGUUUGUCUAACAACUGACAGCUGGACAUCCCGUACCACCACAUCCUACUUAUCAGUUACAUGUCACUUUGUUGAAAGUUACAAAAUGGUGUCCUGUCUUCUGGAUUGUUUUGAGUUCAGUGACAGACACACUUCUGACAACUUAGCAGAGGAGCUGCUCAAAGUGGCAAAAGAGUGGGGCGUGGAAAACAAAGUGGUUUGCUGUGUUAGUGACAAUGCAGCUAACAUAACCAAAGCAAUUAAAACCCUGAAAUGGACCCACCACCCAUGUCUUGCACACACAAUCAACCUGUUUGUAAGAGAUGCUCUGAAGGUGAUGAAGCCCACUGUGAACAAAGUGAAGACGAUAGUGGAGUUUAUCCACAGGAGCACAACAGCCACACACAAGCUCAAAUCUACCCAACUACAGAUGGGCAUGCCUGAGCUGAAGCUCAAACAAGACUGUGUCACAAGGUGGAACUCCACCUUUCAUAUGAUAAAACGGAUUCUGGAGUCCAAGGAUGCAGUCAUCUCUACCCUGGCUGUUAUGAAUGCAUCAGUUGAUCCUCUGAGCCAAGAGGAAUGGGAGGUACUGCAGGAGGCAUGCACUGUUCUGGAGCCAUUCGAGCAGGUCACUGUGGAGAUCAGUGCAGACAGCUAUGUCACAGCCUCCAAAAUGUUAAUCCUCUGCAAAGGUGUGCAGAGAGUGACAGCUGAGCACCAGACCAGAGUAACGACAGGGAAAGUGACAGAGUUAGUGGCUGCUCUCUAUGCAUCCAUGGACAGAAAGUUCCACAGAAUUGAGUAUAACCCUAUUCUCUCAGAAUCCACCGUUCUUAACCCAAGAUUCAAGAAGCUGGCCUUUCAUGAUAACAGAGCGGUUGAUGAAGCUCUCCAGAGAGUAACUGCAGCAGCAGCAAGGUCCGGCCAGCCAACUUCACUCAGUGCGGUUACAUGAUGGUAUAAUUCGAAUCUUGCUUUAGUCGGACUAUGCUAUCUUUUGGGGGAUCAGCUGUUAUCCCAAUAUACAUGGCAGUGAGUAAUUCGAAUCAUUGGUCGAAAGCAUGUCAUAUCCGAUACGAUAGGUGGCGCUGUUUUCAUUACAACUCGUGGUGAUACAGCCAUUUCCGCUUGACCUCUUCACCACCACCAACAACAACAUCAACAUUUCGAGAAAGAACCAUGAACUUUAGUAUGUUCAACUCCUUCAAUACAUUAAGCAUAAAUUCUGU